AUGCGUAGAAAUAUUCGGUGUCCAGGCAAGAAUAGGACGGCGUCCGAGAUAUAUAAUGCCUCCCAAGUUCUAACUAGGAUGUCGAACUGUAGAGCAAAAGUGGCCAUGAACGAUCUUCCAUCAGAUUACACAUCUCUCGUAGGUGUUUGUCUGGUUCUUUAUUUCAGCUGUGUCAACCUGCUCAUCAGGCGCCGCUGGUGGUUCUUACUUGGGGGUGCGACUUUCCAGUUCAUUGUAUCGACAAUCCAUAUUGCCGCAGGUCUGCGCUCUCUCAUAGAAGGCUUCAUCUGGUUGAAGGACCCCGAGGGUUCCAUUGCGUUCUGGGACAACCAGACUCGAUGGGUCAAUGUCAUGCAGGAGGCUGCUGCCAUUACAAAUUGUAUUGCGUGCGAUGCAAUAAUGAUCUGGAGAUUAUAUGUAGUUUGGAAUAAGAGCGUUAAGGUGUCCGUGUUUCCCGUACUCUGCGGAUACAUUUCUAUAUAUCUUGAUUCGAGUCUGGAUCCCCAGCCAGAAUCUGUUCAAGUCCUUUACCGAUGGCUCCAGGCAUCGUAUUCGCUAUCUCUAGCAACACAGCUUUCUGCCACCGCCCUAAUUGCUGCUCGUAUCUGGUGGGUAUCGCGACGAACACGAUCCUGGAGAACAAGUACAGUAGCCAAGUCCUAUAUGGACAUCAUUUGGAUGAUUGUCGAGUCAGGAGCAAUAUCUGCGAUUACAUCGACUCUCUUCCUUGCCUUCUUCAGUACAUCGAGUAGCAUUAGCAUCAUCAUCGCUGAUUCACUGGGGCAGAUAAGCGCAAUCGCCCCAUCCCUGAUCAUAUACCGUGCUGGAUUGGAUGCGCAAGUGAAGACAGAUAGCAAUGAGCCAUCGUACAAUCUUCAUCCGCGCCGCGCACUUCACGACACAGUAGAGAGUUCGGUACGCUCGGACACGACUUACUUGAAGUCCGAGAAUCCAUCAGUGGAGAAUAUGGUGUGAAAAUAGAGAUUGGCACA